UUAAAAAACCUGAAAAACCACAGCAAUGGUUUUUGGAGGCAGCACCUCUCCUCUCCCAUCAUUUUUCUCACAGGCUUCUAACUUGGGAAAGAAAUCCUACAGGCUGGCAAGGUUCACUGAGAAGGAAGUAAAGUCUUCCUGAUAUGCAAGCAGAGAUCCUCUUUCUGAUGCUAAGGGAGUUAGAACAUCAUGGUCACCCUGGCAUUUAUCCUGGGCUCUUCAGCAAAAGAGACAGAGAGCAACAUCCUAACAUACAGUGACAAGACACAGAUAACAGUUCCUAAGCACCGCUUCACAGCUUGACAUUUUAGCAACCUCUUAGACAGAAUUUAGUUUCCAAUGGAGAAUAAGCAGAGCUGUGGGGGCUCCUGCACACAUACACAGGUGGCCUGCACAAACACUUGGUUUUGCUCUUGCAAGAGGACAAGAGGGCACAGACACACCCCUUUGCCCUGAGGAGGUGAUGGGUAGCUUCCAGAGCCAUCAGGCCUGGUGCAGGCAUCAACACAGCAGCACCAGAGUGCUGCGUCCCUCUGUCCCCUCUGUCUAUGCUGGCUGGGAAUAGCCCAGCCCUCCCAGCCUCCCAACAAUGGUGUCAGGUUUGACUCUUGUUCUCUGGACUGAACAAGUUGGGUUAUUGCCCUGAUUUUGGCUGUGGAUGACCAAGGCACACUCACUUUUUCCCUUCUUGUCUCUUCUUCCACUUGUCCUUUUCACCAGACUUGAUACUCCCUUUCUCCAUCUCAGCCUCCUCCCAAAAGUACAACUCUGGCCAAAUUACCUCCUCCCCAUCGGUCCCAGUUUUGCAACAACCAGUGAAAUCUGGUUUGUGAUAGAGUUGUUAUAGGCACACUCAGCUUUCUACGUGAUUACUGCUGGAGCAGCUGAGGUGCUGUGGAUUUUGCAAGACCAUGUUCCCAAAAAGUCCCCAGUGCUCCCCUCCACUCUUCAGUGAAUUUCAACCACUUCUUGUGUCACUCCACCUGCAAAACCCAGGCAUCCCUUGGGGUAUCAUCUGUGACUGGUGUCAGGUGCCUGUGCUGGUACCUGCCAUACCCAGCACGUUCUCUGUUGUGCCCAGCAGUGUCCCCAGUGCUGUUCACUCAGCCCAUCCUCUCUGGCCAGGACUGAGCUGAAGCACAGGUAUCCCUGUGUCCCUAGAAACCUACAUUACACAAAGACAGGCUGCAGGCCAUUAGAUCCUUGAUUACAACACACUGUGCUUUGGUUAUUUAUGACAGGGCCACUACGUGUAUGAACAUUAGUAGGAUGCCCACAGAUGCAAACACACAGUUAUGCCUCCACACACCUUGCUUACUGCUCAGUCCUGUCUUUCCAUCAUGCUGCUUGUUUCAGCGGUGUGCACAGGGUAAAUCUUAACUUGAAAGUCAAUUUUAUAGGUCAGUUCCUACAAAUUUCAUAGUAAUUUCAUUCCUGGCCUCAUUCAGUUUGUGUAAGAAAAGGUUGCAUCUUUAAAUCUAUGGUCCCAUAAUGCAGCUAGGAAUUCCUCAGACAGGUUCUUGUAAAAUUUUGGUUUUCACCAAAAAUAGUGAUUUCUUUUAUUAUCUUACCCCAGUUUACGCUUCUCUAAGAUAACUACAACACACCUUCUAAUAGUUUGCCUUCAUUUUACCUACAAAAUCUCAUGCUGUGGCUAUGAAUAUGAGCUGCCUGGUGACAACAAGAUUUUGUUUUGCUGACGGUCUUGCCACAGGUUGGCGUGAUUCUGACCAUCUCCACUUUCUCAGCUUUUGCAUGCUGCUUUUCCAAACAUGACAUGUUACAAACAGCCUCAGUGCCUACAUAAAUCCAUAGCGUGACCUCUGCAGCACUGACAUCCUUAGAAACCCAAAGAAAAACCAGCAUGCCAGAGUACAGUACUUAGUAUUUGCAAACCUAUAAUCUUCAGUUAAACUCAGCUGUCAUUUGAUUACCAAGGAGCCAAGAAGUCCAAGAUUUGUUUACAAAUCUUUUACUUUACAAAAGCAAUACUAGAAAGUUGCAAGGGAAAAGCCUGAAUUUCAGGGCUUUGUACAUAAACUUGGAAGAGAAAACCUCUUUCAAGGAAGAGGAAGAGCACUGAAAGUUUAGCAUAUUUUCAUAGUUUGAAAUAUUAGCAUUAGCAUAAAUGUCUUAACUCAUAUUUUCCAUAAACUGUCUCACAAAUCAUGGCACAGAUUCUUGCCCUUCAGAGCUAAAAUCAUGGAGAUAUUGAAAGUGAAAAGCAUUCAGACCAAUUCAGAGUUUAAGAGAGUCAAACUGAUUCAUUGUUGUCAAGGGCACAAAGGUGUAGCAGCUGUACAGUGCAAUAAUUGCUUAGAGGAAAUGUAAAACCAUGGAUGUAAAGGAACUAACCUGCCUUGUACAUACACAUGUGCAAUGCCAGUUCCAUUUGCUUGCUCCAAGUGAUGUUAUUCCAUUUGUUAUGAAAUGGUGGAAAGUCCAGUGGCCAAAGAGUGGGAGUCAAUCUGUCCAGCAGAAAUUCAGAUUAUUCUGCUACACUGUGGUCCUCUGCUGAGAAGAGGGAGAUAGUUUUUUUGGCAAGAGCAGACAUGGACAUUGCCAUCUCACAGCCUAAAUUUGUCCAGUUCCUUUUAAGAUUAAUCAAACUCUUUCCCCUUUCUUCCUCUUAAAUGGCACUUAAAGCCAUUACCAAUAACCAGCUAAUAUGAAACAUGAUUGAUUCCCAUUUGGAGGAAGACAGAUGAGUUUCUUGCACCAACUGCAGAAAAUUAGUCUGUGUGUGUAAAAUUCUCUCUGUAGGAAAUGACUGACAGCCUAAAGUGAUACAGCUGCAAAACAUAAACAUAGCAGUGCUUUUAGUGAGAGAACUUUGAAUAACUGUUAUUAAUGUCCCUUCUAAGAUGUCGCUUAGAAAACCACAAUCAAUUACUAUAGUGAUAGCAAUACUAUAUAUAGCAAUUAUAUGCAAGAGAUAGAGAUGCUGGAAACCAGCUAUUAUUGCUUAGACAUAGUAAAAUUCUCCUUGUUAACACUCAUGUUAUGACCACAAACACACCUGCAUUUUUAAAAGAUUGAUGAUAAGUAGCAUUUAAAUACUGCCCUGUAUUAAUAAGCAAGGUCAAUCACUGGUAUCUCUUUGUAAAUAACUUCCAGUUUAAAACAUCAUUUCUUUCCUGGGCCAGAGUACUCUCUAUCUGUGUCUUCUAAUUCAAAAGUAGAGAGAAGACAGUUGGAAAAGCAAGGACAGUGGGAGAGUGGCUGGGGAGGAGGCACUGCAAGAGAGUGGACAUGAGCCCUGGCUGAGCCCCUGGAGGCAGUGCUGAGAUGGCACCAGCAGCUCAGGAGAGUCUCUGGCACAGGAGGAAAACAAUGAACAGGAAGAAACCUGGAAGAUUAUUUGCUGCUCUGUCGAAUAUGGGAUUAUAAAUUAUUUUUUUUAAAUUAUACAUAGAGCAUCUCUUUCAAAUGGAUGACUUCUGAACCUAGAACUCUUCAUUACCAACUUCUUGCAUCCUGGAGGGGAAAAUGAAUUUCACAAAUUGCACCACUGAAGCCAGUGUGGCUGCAAAGCCAAAAACAGUAACGGAAAAGAUGCUCAUUACCCUGACCUUGGCCACAAUCACAACCUUGACUAUGCUGCUGAAUUCUGCUGUAAUUGCAGCAAUCUCCACAACCAAGAAGCUCCACCAGCCGGCAAAUUAUCUCAUAUGUUCACUGGCUGUGACGGAUCUCCUUGUUGCUGUUCUCGUCAUGCCCUUGAGCAUCACUUACAUAAUGAUAGACAAAUGGACUUUGGGGUACUUCAUCUGUGAGAUCUGGCUUAGCGUCGACAUGACCUGUUGCACGUGUUCAAUCCUUCAUCUGUGUGUCAUUGCACUGGACAGGUACUGGGCCAUCACAGACGCUAUCGAAUACGCCAGGAAAAGGACGGCGAAAAGGGCUGGGCUGAUGAUAGUCACCGUGUGGACAAUCUCCGUUUUCAUAUCAAUGCCCCCCUUGUUUUGGAGAAAUCACCACAGCAUCAGUAUUCCCAGUGAGUGUCGCAUUCAGCAUGACCAUGUCAUCUACACUAUUUAUUCCACGUUUGGGGCAUUUUACAUUCCCUUGACUUUGAUCCUGAUCCUGUACUACAGAAUUUACCACGCUGCAAAGAGCCUUUACCAAAAGCGGGGUUCAAGCCGCCACCUCAGCAACAGGAGCACCGACAGCCAGAACUCUUUUGCCAGCUGCAAGCUCACACAGACGUUCUGUGUCUCGGACUUCUCCACAUCUGACCCAACCACAGAGUUUGAUAAAAUCAAACCAUCCGUGAGGAUCCCUCCUUUUGAGAACGACUUGGACCUGGCUGGCGACCGGCAGCAGAUCUCCACGACAAGAGAGCGAAAGGCUGCUCGCAUCCUGGGGCUGAUUUUAGGUGCUUUCAUUUUGUCCUGGUUGCCCUUUUUCAUCAAGGAACUGCUUGUGGGCCUCCACAUUUGCACUGUCUCUCCAGAAGUAGCAGACUUUUUGACCUGGCUUGGGUAUGUCAACUCGCUCAUCAACCCUUUGCUGUACACGAGCUUUAACGAGGAUUUCAAGCUGGCCUUUAGAAAGCUCAUCAGGUGUCGAGAACAUACUUAAAAGUGCUGAGAGAUGAUGAUGCUGGCAUGACUCCUGGCCUUAAAAAUGAGCAAAAUCAUUUGGCUCUGCCACCGUUUCCCUUGAUAAAGGGGAUUUUUGUGUUUGCCUAUUUGCUUGACUGUUCUUCAGCCUGUAAUUAUGCCAUUUUUUAAUCUCCAGUGUUAUUCAUGGUAAAGGGUUUGAAAUAAAUUUAUUCUACAAAGGAAACGAUUUUUUAGAAAUGAAACAGCAAAAAAAUACUAUUAGUAUUAGGUACUCAUGUCUAAGACAUUUUGUGUAAUCAAUGAUUCAAGAAGCAAACAAUAUUCACUUUUAUACUUUUUCCAUUUAAGAAUCAAACAUUGAAAUUAUGUACUGUAUAAAAUGAACCCCAUAAAUACAUAUUCAAAAAUUAAUAAACACUUCAUGGUCAUGAGAGCUAAACAGCAUCUCUUUACUGUGGUGUUCUGAGAAAGCUGUAACAGCCAUUUAGGAGGAAAAUUACCACCAUUUCCACCCUGGCUUGAGGCAGAAUAGACUAUUCCUUUCUUCAGGAAUACACUCCCAAAACAGGAAGCAAUGUUCAGUUCAUUGCAUCUAGAAAUUAUUCCAUUUCAUAACCCAAAAGAAUUACUUAAGUGGCUCUCUUUGUGUAAUAUUCCAGAUUUACAGUUGAGGUGUUGGGCAGACACCUGUGCAGAUCGUUUGGCAAUUGAGAGGAUGCAGCUAGCAAGUGUGAUACUUGUGAAACUAACUGCCCAUCUGAGUGGUCUCACCUUCAAUACCACUAACCCUGUUUCUUCAGGCCUUCUACUUUAGUCAGUUCUGGGGUGGUAUUAUUCACUUGAGCCAUAUUUCAUCUGAGUCUUGUGGUGCACAGCCCCAAGGAUCUAUGGAUCUUACCCCCAACAACUUAGGCAACUGGAUAUCUUCUCAGCAGGCUAGCAAUAUAGAGAAAUUCAAAAACAUUAGCUAAAACCUAAUUAUUUUGGAACAUCAGAAAAAAUAAAUCAGUAACAUGAUUUGUUUUAAAUAACAGUCUGCAUAUAUGCUUGCUUGUCAUCUCAGUUUGCAAUGGCAAUCUUGCCUACUUAACCUAUGGUCAGGUGCUCUGGUAGGAUUUCUUGCUCUGGGAGUCCUUCACAGACCUAAUUCCCCUGUCCUGAGAGACAAAGAGUCCUUUGUAUCCUGUCUUUUGUGGUUAUGGAAGUUAAAAUUUUAUAAUUCAAAUAUUGUGGAAAUCAGUCAGGGAAGGGGCAAAAUCAAAGCUGAGAAUUUGGUAUUGUCCAUUAGCAACUCCCAAGCACCAUUUGAAUAUUUAUUACUUGCCUUGCACUCUAAUGUUCUUCCCUGUCCAUUUUUCUGGACAAAUUCUUUUUGAAUUACAUGAAUACACAACAGAGGAAAUACCACAUAUGUCAACCUGACAUGCAAUAACAGUGAAAACUAUAGUAUGGUGGCUCCAAAUCCAUCAAAACAAAUACUAGAGGUAGCAAAAGUGUUGCAACAGCACUGGAAGCCAUCUCUUAAAAAUGUUUUGAAAAUUUACAAGAUGACAAUCAUUUUUCUUAUCAAGAGUCAAGGAAGUGUAAGUAAUAUGUGAGCAAUAAACUGCAAAUGGAACUGAGAAAUGACAUCCUUAUUGGUGAGAGAAAGCAUUUGGCUGGAAAGAUGCAGUGCCACAAGCUGAGCGUAAACCAGGUCUGAAGGUGACAAAAGCGUGACCUGCUGCUUACCCACAUGCAGUGGGAUUCUUCUUUCAGGACUCCCUGCCAGAGUUUGGGAGGUUCAUCUCCAGCUGUCCUUCUGAAGCUACUGUUGCAGUUGCCUCCUCCAGAUGCCUUUGGGUUCCCUACUAGCAAACAUUAAUCCCUAAAAAGAGAGGAAAAUUAUCUCUGCCACUGAAAAUAUCUUUUAGUGAGGAAGCACAGAUAUCCAUUAUGGUUUUUCCUUUGUGCAGCUUGUUGGAGGUGGAAAUUGUUGAUUGAAAUCAGGGAAGUGUGUCUUGACCCUGCCUAUCAAUAAAGCUUCCAAAGCAGCUCCCCAGAGUACAUAUGCUAUUAAGAAAAAAAAA